CCUCAAGGUCAACAUGACCCAAGUCAUCAGUCAAAUUUAGCUGUAUCUAUGUAGCAGGGUAGUUGAAAAUUGGAUUUCUGGUAUACUUUUAUACAUGAAGAAAGAACUUCGUUAAUAGGUCACGCGCAAGUUGUUUUGUUCUGCUUGCUGUAUAGUGAUAUAGUUCCAAUUAAUGGUCAUUUAAUAAAUGCCCAGCUUAUGAACCGUUUACCUGGAAAAAGUUUUACUAUUGCAAAAAAAUCGGCUUGCCAUCUGCCAGAAACUCUGUUAGAUCAAAGCAUUCAUUUCGUGUUGCGUGUAAAAAUCCUAACCCGAGAACUUGCAUCUUAAAACCAGACAUGAAAUCUCAUCAGAAAUUAUCUGAAUAACAAAAAUAUAUGGUAAUGUCAUGAACCAUUAAGUAAACCUGAAAUCCUGUUAGGUGCUCUGACAUACCGGAAAAAAACCCUAUAGGUAAUAAAAGUUUUACAAUCAGUUAUCAUCGACUAGGAAAUGUUUAAACUUUAGAAGUUUGUCUAGACAUCCAUGCAGCUAGCCAGCUUUGGUUUGACAGGUUUCAAUUGAUCUUUUCCAAGUAAAAUAAUUCAUGGGCCGGGCUCUUGGACCAUAAAUUGUGACAUACAACAUGAUAACCUACAGAAGAUUAUUCUACGAGCAUCCGAUCAAAUAUCUGUUUACUUUUCAUUCCAGUUCCUAACAAACUCUCCCUCGCAACAUCAACACUCGCCGUCUGUCGGUGGUGGCGGGCAUCACUUGCACGCUAACGCGUUGGCUCUCCAACAGAAACAGCGCUCGUUCCUGGCGUUCGGAUUCGGCGCGAGUGCAGCGCCCUCUAGGCGGGAGUCGCACGUCAACGUCAAUGUGACGCCCACAUCGCACGAGGUGUCGUCCGACACGCCAGAGAUACGCAAAUACAAGAAACGGUUCAACAGCGAAAUAUUGUGUGCCGCUCUAUGGGGUGUGAACCUAUUGAUUGGUACAGAACACGGACUGAUGCUGUUGGACAGGAGCGGUCAAGGGAAGGUGUACCAGCUCAUAUCAAGGAGAAGGUUUCAACAGAUGGAGGUGUUGGAAGGACAAAAUAUUCUCGUGACGAUAUCAGGGAAGAAGAAUAGGGUUAGGGUGUAUUAUCUCAGUUGGCUGAAGAGCAAGAUCUUGAGGACUGAUGGUGUUAGCGAUCAAGUGGAGAGGCGAAACGGGUGGAUAAACGUGGGCGAUCUACAAGGCGCAGUUCAUUUCAAAAUCGUCAAGUACGAGCGCAUCAAGUUCCUCGUAAUCGCGCUGAAGGACAGCAUCGAGAUAUACGCUUGGGCGCCGAAGCCCUACCACAAGUUCAUGGCGUUCAAGUCCUUCUCUGACCUCACGUACCGACCUCUUCUCGUUGACCUCACGGUGGAAGAAGGUACGCGGCUGAAGGUCAUCUACGGCAGCAGCGAAGGCUUCCACGCCGUUGACCUCGAUUCCGCUAGCGUAUAUGACAUCUACCUGCCCAAGGUAAAUGUUGCCGCUACGCAAACUGUAAUAACACCACACUGUAUAGUUACUUUACCGAAUAGCAAUGGUAUGCAGCUUUUGCUGUGUUAUGAUAAUGAAGGAGUAUAUGUCAACACAUAUGGUAGGAUAUCGAAGAACAUGCUGCUCCAGUGGGGAGAGAUGCCGACGUCAGUGGCGUACAUCGGCACCGGUCAAAUUAUGGGCUGGGGCAACAAGGCCAUCGAAAUCAGAUCGGUGGAGUCCGGUCAUUUAGACGGCGUAUUUAUGCAUAAAAAAUCGCAACGGUUAAAAUUCCUCUGCGAGAGGAACGACAAGGUCUUCUUCUCUAGUGCUAAGAGUGGUUCGUCGUGUCAGAUUUACUUUAUGACACUCAACAAACCGGGAAUGGCGAACUGGUAACAGAAAUAAUUUGCACUAUGCAACUGAAUUUGGAAUGAGGGGCGGAUAAAGACCAUUUUGCUUGCGCCUUCGGAUGAGUUUCAGAAGGUCGGAAAGUACUUUCACAAAGUAUAUAUCCUUCCAAUUUGCUUGUUUUUUAGAUUCACAUUACGUAGAAAUGUGGGAAAAACAAAGGAGGAGCACAUUUCCCUAAAUAUCAACCAGAACAUUGUUCUUUCAGACUUUAUUAAAACACCUCCCAUCAGCAACUGUUUUUUAUUAUAUUGUUCACUUAGAUUGGCUGCAUUCAUGGAGCUGUAGGGCUUAAGAUCAGUGUCCGUUUGACUCAAAUGGUCGCUGAUAGAAAGCGCCCCAGUGCUGUGCUUCUUUGAUUGUUGAAUACACAAACCAAAAACCUUGAACAAAAAAAUUAAAGACAAGCUCCUGGAAUUUUAGGACUUCUGCUCUCAUGUUCUUGAUGCUUGUUGUUUUUGUUAAAGGCGCAAGUAGAUGUUUAACGAUCCCUCAUUCUGAAUUCAUAUGAUAUUAUACUACAACCGGACUACAAUAAACUGUAUAAUAUUGGGAGUGAGUGAGGUAUGGUAUGACGCUUUUCCAUAUUUUUGGACACCACAUAUAUUUUAUUUUAGAGUUGAUUUUAUAGUAAAGUGAGGCAAAACUCGAAACUGUGUACAUAUUUGUUUGUAAGCCUAUUGACGGCUUUAAUGUUUCUCAUCAAAAAAUAGUAUAAAUACAGUUGGUACACAAUAGAUCUGGUAUGGUGAUAUAAUGCGUGAACAAAAUCCAACACAAUUCAGUCAGGAAAAAACUAUUUGCAUCUUGUCUUGAAAAUAAUUUACCUGGAUCUAUGUUCAUAUUCUGGAUAUGAAGAGGUUAAAGGAUUUCUUUGAACCUCAUAGUUCCUAGUAACAUCUGGUACCACGUUACUUUUGUAUCACAUACUGAGAUUUGAUUGUGGAUCAAGUUUUGUAUUUCCGAAGAAAAUACGUUCUGUAGUGCCCAUGCUACUUACUUUUAAGUUUAAGGGAAAUUAUAACUGCAUUAACAUUUCUAACUAGUAAGCUGGGUUUAAGCUACCUGAAAUUGAAUCAACGCAGAACCUAGUGUAAUGUUUUUUCUGUUGUUUUAAAUUGAGGUAGUUUAGUGCCUAAAAGUCAAAUGGAAAAAACACCUAACAAAAAUUUUGGAAAAUGUGAUAAAGGUAUCAAGUAUUUAUUUACUCAACCCUAACAAAAGCUUUCCAAACGCUAGAUUUACAUUUUAUUUUCGAAAUGGUGCUAGCAUUUGAGAUUGAAUUAUACAAAAAUUGGCACUGCACGAGUAAAAAAAUAAAUAACAAAUGUACUGAGGUUUCCGGCUUUUCGACAUUCUAUAAGCCAUUAGUAAUCAUUGCAUUUUUUUAUAUUUCCUAUUUUAAAUAAUGGCAUGCAAAAUUUUUUAAAAAUCCCGUUUAGCAAAAAGAUAAUGCUAGGUGCUCUUCUUGUACAAGCUUUGCAUGUGAUCAAGAAAAUUAUCGGGAAGCUAUGAAUUUUCGAGAUUUAUGGUUUGCGUAGAGGGCCAUCUUUAUUUAGAAAAUUUAUUUUUCACGUUGUCGUAUCUUGUAAUAAAUUGUGAUAUCAAGCUCUAACCUUUUGUGGAUUAUUUUUGUUAUAUCACUAACACACGUUUCUUAUCUUCGGUAGUGAGGGAGCAUUUAUAUAAUUUUUUGGUGCCAACCAGGUGUAUUUUUUAGAAGUGAUGCUCACAGAAGUUGUAGAUAUAAAAUAGGCGGUAGUUAGUGUAAUAUUUGAUAUAACUAAAUUACUCCUACUACAUCUUUGUAAUGGUGCAAAACCAGGUAACAAUAUUUUCCAAAGGAGAGGCUCACUAUUAUCUGUGGAUUGAAAACGUUCAAAUAUGACUGGCAGAAAGUAUUGAAGCAAAUCGUUGAGGUAGAUCUUUGUCUUCUUCAGCGAGUUUUAAUCUUCAAUGGUAGGGCAUACGUGUCGCUGAAAAAGGUAUCGUUUUUUACUUGGAACUAUUUUUUUAUUCCAAUGGAAAAGUAAUGCCCUUCAGACAAUUUCUUAGGCUAACGCAAAUAUCUGAAACUUCACAUUAAUAAUGUUUUAUAAAAAAGCAUUACUAAUUUUAGUGAAAAUACUUCUUUUCAGUUGAUUUUGUAUGUUCCUGUCUUUCAAUGCGGUGGUGAGUCACACCAGUGUGUCAGUUUAGUGAUUUUCUUUUUUGUAUAUACUUAUUUGCAUAAAGACCAUUGUAUACAUUUUUCAAUGCGAUUUAGCAUUUAAGCACUACAUAAGCAUGUCGACUGUUUUUCUUCAACUUUUGGCGACUGAUCAGACUGUCUUCUUUUUAUACGCAGUUUGUAGGUUACCAAAAAUUUUGGAAGACUUACCUAUAUUAGACAAAAUUAGAGUGAUAAGGUAACCCUUUUUAUACUAGUCUGGAAUAAGUGGGAUAAAACAGUUUUGUAUGGAAAGUGCAAAAAUUAGAUAAUAUUUGUUAAGAUGUACGGAAAGUAUAAAUAUGCUCAUAUGUUUCAAAGUAUGAACGAGCACUUGAUUAAAAAGGCAGGAAAAUAUAUAUAAAAACAACACAUCUUAGCUGCUCUUGAAAAGCUUUUUGUUUGAUUUCAAAACCAGUUACACUAAGAUUAUAGUUUCACAGAUUCUCGAAAUGAUCACUGAUAGUCUAGCCUACUGGUGGUAGCUUUUAGCAAUAAUGAUAAAAAUCAGAAUCGAUUAUUAAAGCAAAUGUGCGAGUUUUUACUCUCAGCUACCUCCACAUCAAUCGACUACCCAGGUAUUCUCCUUUAAAAUUUUCCUAUGUGUUGUGAAGAAAAAUUAAAUACGCAAAGACGUUUUGUAAUAAAAAUUGGUGUAUUUAGGUUGUCUUAGAUUUGUUACUUAAGUAUACACAACAGUGUUGUUUGCAAGAUUGUUACGUCUCUCUGUUUUGUCUAAUUUUUGUUCCUGUAUUACAUGUUUCAGUAUGAUUGCACAUAUGACACAUUUAUGGUUUUUCAAGCUCAAUUGGUAAAUUCAGGAAGUCUAUAAUUGGCAAUUUUACUUGAUCCAAAACUGCUAAAUUCGAAGCUUGUUAUUUAUGGAUAAAUAAUGAUCGAUAGCAUCAGCUCUAUUGUAACGCUAUUUUAUAAAAAAUAAAUGUCCCACCCAUUUUUGUUAAGUACAUUUUUAUCGAUGCUCUCUUAAUUUUAUCCAAAAUCUAAUAAGCUUCCAUCGUAUAAAGUAAGUUACCGCGUACCUAUUGUAGGAUGUAUAAAUAAUAGCAACACUGAAAAUUUAUUAACUGAUGAUUAACUCUGGUUGUAUUCUUUGACCUCAAGGGAGGUUGAUUGGAUUUGUGUUGUUAUUGUUUUUUCAUCCAUCGUUAAUGUAAUCAAAAUUAUAAGUUUUUUUUUGUGAAGUAAAAUUUGCCGUUGUAGGUUUCAAUAGAUUUGGUGCAAUUUAAGACUGUUUAUAUAUUUCUUUGUAUUAUAAAUAUACUUAGGACGAAUCAUCAUUAAUCACUUUUUACUUGCAGUACUUUUUUAUUUGCAUAUAAUGCCUUCAUGUAAGAAGCUCGUUCUAAUGCUCUUUUAUAAUAAUUUCCAAAGAAAUGGUAUAUGUGUG